AUGCCUCGCCAACUCCUUGCGGCGGCCACAGCGGCCGCGCAUGACGACGCCGGUGCCCUCGGCCCGAGACUGGCUGGAGGCCUUGGCUCGCCAGGAUGCCACGACUUCCUCCCCGCGGUGCCGCGCCAGCUGCUGCGGGCGCCCGCGCUUACCGGGUCAGAUGGCCUGGGGGCCGCCCGCGGGCCCUCGGCGAGCCACGGGUCGUCAUUCCUCUGCAUGCAAGAGGAGAGGCCUUGCCCCGAGGUGAACCUCUCCAGGGCAGCCUGGUACAACGCUCGACUUGGGCCCAAGUGUUCGUACAAGUCGCACCAGGACUGCUGCCACGCCAUCUCCCGCUCGCGCAAGGCGUACGCCCGCGCCGAGGCGCUCAUCGACGGCAACUGGUACCUGCGCUACUGCGCAGCUGGGCCGCUGGACGUGGAGCCGCUCGUCGCGCUGGCCGUGCGAUG